AUGGCUUAUGCCAGUAAACAUUGUAGUUCGUUCUCCGUAACCAGUAUAUUAAGUCCAUUGGACUCUACGGGACAGUCAACUAUGGCUCAUCCUUAUGGUCACGUACAAUAUAACAGUGGUUACUAUUAUAACGGAGGAGAUUACGUGGGGAAUUAUACAGAUAACAUACGUCCUAGUGUAUCUACGGCUUGGUAUGCUAAUCAGCCAUCCGAUCCUCGUCUUCCAGUUCCCAACUUGAUGUCUCAGCCGGUUCUACCGACAGUAAGUGACAAACCACCCGCAGUGCAAUGUCCAGGACGUCGGAAGAGAAGAGUACUCUUCAGCCAAGUCCAAGUACACGAACUGGAUAAAGUGUUUCGUAGACAGAAAUAUCUUUCUGCCACCGAACGUGAAAGUUUAGCUCGACGUCUCAAUCUGUCACCCAAUCAAGUGAAAAUAUGGUUUCAAAAUCAUCGCUACAAACUUAAACGAUUAUCCAAAUUAAUGAACGACCAAACUAAUAAGGAAGAGGAAUCUACAUCGGGACAGAGGAGUAGUGAUAAUAACGAAGAUUUAUCUUCACAUUAUACCAUCCCCGAGCUGAACGAAAGACAUUUGACACCAACAAAUAGAGAAACGUUGUCUUGUUCCUCAUAUCCAUCGAAUCAAUAUGGAUUAACUAUAAAUGACAAUGCUUCUCCAUCCUUCUCAUCCUCGCCCUUUGCUAUCCUGAACAGUUACGAGCAACCCCCAAAUAUUAAUGGAAAUUCCUCUUUCCAAUAUCAGACACGAACUUGGUGACAUCCUACCAUUUAUAACCCUGUACAUUUAUUCAUUUUCAAAGGAUUAAAGAAGGACAAUUGUAGUCAAAUAUGGGGGACUGAUAAUAUUCUAAUAUGGCCUAGCUAAGAAAAA